CUGCUUCAUGUGGGAAACAAUCUAACUUACAGAGGAAGGUAAUAACAAGAGUCUGAUCUGCGUUAUAAUACUAGGCCUACAAGAUGGAGGAUAACAAGAUGGCUUUAGCAGGACCCUCUGGUCUUUUUUCACAGCCAUGGUGAAGAAGCAGAGUCACGGUAUCUUUUUCUCAUGUCCUUCAGACACUUGAUAGCAGUUGUGUCAAUUCCUUAGUUCCCAGGAGGAUGAUCAUCUGAUGUAUUUGUCGUCCAUACUUCAAAGAUGUUACCAAAGACUACAUCACUAAAAUUGACAAAGGAGACACACGAGGUGACUGAGAGGAUCCUUAACCUCACCUUUGAGAUCAUAUACCUGUUAACUGGAGAGGUUUACACAGCCGUGAAGAAGAAAUCUGAUAAGUGUGUGACUCCCAGUAGCCGUACCCACGUGUCAGGAGGAUGGAGAAAGACCCAGAGCUCAAAGGAGUCGCCAUCUGAUUCACUGAUACACGAGAGAAGUAAUGAUGAGAAGAUCCUGGAACUCACCAACAAGAUCAUUGAGCUUCUGACUGGAGAGGUUCCUAUAAGAUGUCAGGAUGUCACUGUCCAUUUCUCCAUGGAGGAGUGGGAGUACAUAGAAGGACACAAUGAUCUGUACAAGAACAUCACGAUGGAGAACCACCAGCCCCUCACAUCACCAGGUGACUCAAAUAGUAUACAUUCAGCUGCAGGAGAUCAUGGACCAGUGUUUGCCAGGAUGGGUAACAGUGUCAAAAGAUUUAAGGAUGAUAUUUCAAGACUGAAGAAAAUAAAGCCUGUGGAAUUGACGUCAUCCAACAUGGGAAAUAUUAAGAAGCCUAACACUUUGAACUUCGAUACACCCACAGAACAUGUGCAACAGUAUCCAUCAUCUCCGGUUAAAAAGGAAUCGGUCUCAAGUGAUGGAAGAAACCCCAAAAUGUCAACACCCACAGAUCAUGCACAGCAAUAUUCAGGUCUUCAGAUUAAGGAGGAACCAGUCUCAUGUGAUGAAGAAAACCUUCAACAUUUGGAUGUGGAUUGCAUGAAAAAUAAUCUUACAGCCCCACAUCACAACAGAUGUUUUGUCCAAACCAAAAAUGAUGAAUCCACAGAAGUUGAGGUUAGGUCACAUCAUAUGGUCAAAGACAAAGUUAAUAGCCAGAAAAUUGACAAAAACAUGGAGAACACCGUUCCUCUUGAAGGAAACCCAGUAAAUGGUGUGAGUUCAGAAAAUCAAGAUAAAAAUUUAAAAACUUUCACAUGUUCAAAAUGCAAUAAAGAUUUCCCAGAUAAGCAGCUCCUUGCCCUUCAUCAGAGUAUCCACAUCAGGGAGAAGUUAUUUUUAUGUUCUAAAUGUGGAAAAUCUUUUUCUAACAUCUCUCACUACAUUAGACACCAGAGUAUCCACAUUGGAGUGAAGCCAUACACGUGCCCCGAUUGUGGGAAGUCCUUCAGUGACCGCUCAUACCUCAGCAAACAUCAGAGAAUGCACGCUGAUCUCAUAUCAAAGCCAUUUAAGUGUCCUGAAUGUGAGAUCCGAUUCAUGAACCAGUAUGAACUUGUGGCUCACUGCAAAAUCCACCAAGGGAAGAAGCCUUUUGAAUGUUCAGAAUGUGGCAAACGAUUCACUAGAAAUUACCAUCUUCUCAAGCAUGAGAAGGUCCACACGGGGGACGUGCCUUUUCUUUGUUCUGAGUGUGGGACUUGUUUUAGGAAUAACGCACUCCUUGUCAAGCACCAGCAAUACCACUCCAAAGAAAAACAGUUCACCUGUUCAGAAUGCGGAAAGUCAUUUUCUGAUCGUUCGCACUUUGUCCGUCACAUAAGAAUCCAUACUGGCGAGAAGCCGUUUGUGUGUUCUGAAUGUGGUAGACGUUUCAAUGAUAAAUCCAGUCUGUCGAGGCAUCGCAGACUUCACACAGGGGAAAAACCAUAUACUUGUUCUGAAUGUGGUCAAUCAUUCAGAUACAGUUCCAGUCUUUUCAAGCACCAAGAAGUUCACAGUAUAAGUAAACCAUUCAAAUGCACGGAGUGUGACACAUAUUUUAUGAGCAACUCUGAACUUCUCACACAUUGUAGUCUCCACUCUGCAGGGAAAUAAUGCCUCUUCUAUACCAUAAUAAUUCUAUGGGACCUUAUGGCUUAAAUGUGAUCAUCCAAGUUCUUAUUGUUUCUGGGAACCUGUUAAAAUAGUUUAUAAAUUAUACCGUCCUGAACCUCCUUGAAUCCAGCACCACCACUCUGUCCUCUCUGCUAUUUUGUAUUGGUGACGUAUUUUAUAACGCUGCAGCCAAUUGCUGGCCUCAGUGAAGUACUGCAUGAAACCACGCACCACCAUGACAGGAUGUCACCAGUGCAGGCAAAACAAUAUAUCACAGCUACAGCCCAGUAGAGAGGACAGAGCGGCACUGCUGGAUAGGAGGCAGCUCAGGAAGGUAAGUUUUUAAAAAAAUAAUUUUAAUUGGUUUCGAGCAGUUUGGAGCAUUAACAAGAAAGGAAAUUCCUUUAACUAUGGCAGAACAUUAAUAAACCUAACAUGUUUGGA